AUGGUUGUCUUCAGCAAAGUCACCGCCGCCCUCGCUCUGUCGGCCAUUGCCUCGGCUGCCGCAGUGCCAGUGCAGAGCCCCCGGAAGGGCUUUACUGUCAACCAGGUGACGCGAACCGCUGCUCGUACCAAGUCUGUUAACUUGCCUGGAGUCUAUGCGAGUGCCCUCUCGAAAUACGGUGGUACGGUUCCCGCCGAUGUCCACGCUGCCGCUGUCAGCGGAUCUGCAAUCACCACCCCCGAGGAUGGAGAUAUCGAGUACCUUACUCCGGUCAGCGUUGGUGGCACUACCUUGAACUUGGACUUCGACACUGGAUCUGCCGAUCUUUGGGUUUUCUCCAACGAGCUUCCCUCUUCGGAGCAGAGUGGCCAUGCCAUCUACAAGGCUGGCAGCACUGGCACCAAGAUCUCCGGUGCUAGCUGGUCUAUCUCUUAUGGCGAUGGCAGUGGUGCCAGCGGUGAUGUCUACAAGGACACUGUCACCGUCGGUGGUGUCAAGGCUACCAACCAGGCUGUCGAGGCUGCUAAGCAGAUUAGCACCCAAUUCGUGCAGGAUCAGAACAAUGAUGGUCUGCUCGGUCUCGCCUUCAGCUCGAUCAACACCGUCAGCCCCAACCCCCAGACCACUUUCUUCGACACUGUCAAGUCCCAGCUUGAUGAGCCUUUGUUCGCCGUGACCCUCAAGCACAACGCCCCCGGCACCUACGACUUUGGCUUCAUCGACAAGUCCAAGUAUACCGGCAGCCUCGUCUAUGCUGAUGUCGACAGCUCCCAGGGCUUCUGGUCAUUCACGGCUGACAGCUACAAGAUCGGAACCAGCGCUAAGAGCUCCCCCAUCACUGGUAUUGCUGACACCGGAACCACUCUGCUUCUGCUCGAUGACUCCAUUGUUGCUGCCUACUACAAGCAGGUCUCUGGUUCCAAGAACAGCAACUCCGUCGGUGGCUACACCUUCCCUUGCUCCGCCACCCUGCCUGACUUCACCGUCAACAUCAAUGGCUACAACGCGGUUGUUCCCGGUAAGCUGAUCAACUACGCUGCCAUCACCACUGGCAGCUCCACCUGCUACGGUGGUAUCCAGAGCAACUCUGGCAUUGGGUUCUCCAUCUUCGGUGAUAUCUUCCUCAAGAGCCAGUAUGUCGUCUUCGACUCCCAGGGCCCUCGCCUUGGCUUCGCUGCCCAGGCAUAG